CUAUAUAUAUAUAAAACAAGUUUGUUUUGUUUAUUCUAUCAACACACAAUAUGGUUUACACAAUGCUGAGUCUAGACGAUUUUUCGGGAAAGAAAUCUAAUUCCAACAUGACUCCAUUGGACUAUUUGCUUGAUGUAACUAAAGUCGCCUCGUUAAAAUACGAACAAGAAAAAAGAAUCACUCACAAUAUUCACUCCAUCUUGCCUUCAUUCCCACAAGUUGUUGAUCAUCAAGAAAAAACAAUUCUUGAUUUGGUCGUCCCAACGAGGAAACGAUCAAUUCCAAGAAAAGUUACAGAACAAUCUUUCUGCAAUGGCGACGAAUCCAUGAUCAAGAAAGCUGUGGAAAACAAUUCUGAUGAUCAAGAACACAGAGUGAUCAAAAUCAAUUGGAAUAUUGGUGUCAGCAAUCAAGAAUUCAUUCGUCUCCAAAAAAACACAACUGAUGACAGGGGAAAUAGAAAAAGAUUAGCCAACGACACUACUCUACUUGGUUUGGACAAUCAAGAACAGAAGAAGAUAAAGAGGAACAUUACUGUUAGAGCUGAAUCCCCUGCUCCUGCUCCUACUCCUAUUGUAAUGAUCGACAGAGAAUUGGAUAUUGAAUUCAAGAAUCUGAUUACAUUCAUUGGGGGUUCACUUGAAUCAGUUAAAUUAGUGAUCGAAAAAAGACUAUUCAAGACUGAUGUUAAACCAGCAGAGGGCAGGCUUUCAAUUCCACAAAAACAGAUGAGUAAUACCUUUCUUGAACCAGAAGAAGACGCGCGUUUGAACACUCGUAAUGGGAGCAAAAUGUGUGAGAUGAAAGUGAUGUUGAUUGAGCCUUCGCGUCGUGUAAGUGAAAUCAAUUUGAGAAAAUGGUUUAUGAACAAAGACAAUGGGAAGACAAGUUUGAGCUAUGUGUUGGUUACUUACUGGAAUGAAGUUGCAAGAAGGAAUGAUUUGAAAGUUGGUACUAAGGUACAAUUGUGGGCAUUUAGAAAGGGUACUGACUUGUGUUUUGCAUUGGUUAAACUUCAAGACUGAAGCAAAGUUUACAUGUUUGAAGGAAUUUAUAUUUCUCUGUGUUAGUUUUUAUUAUUUGAUUUAGUUUAUAGUGGUAAGUUAAGAUGUGGCACUAUAUAUCACACUUGAUCCAAUUAUCGUAUUAUUUUGUGAUGGCUACUAUUCUCUUUUUCAUUGUUUUGUAUGACGUCUUGGAUUAUGUUUGCUUUACAUAUAUAUGUUUUACUUAAGUGAAUUGAGUCAAA